GGGGAGAAAAAUCAAAAAUUCGUUAUCAAGGAGCGAUUGACUACACCGCUGACCUGAGCGGGAGAGAUUUGCAGAGCAGCCUGCCCUGUAGAGUAAGCUACCGAAUGUUCAUUGCCCCUAGAGGCGCUUCAAAUCUUGUCCAAGUAACUUUUAAAAUCCACUUUCUAUUUCUGUAUUUAGCUUCACUUUCCCUAUCAAAUAUUCAGCUACUCAACGAUUAUCUUAUUUUGAUCUGCUCACCAAUAUUCCUGAGAGUUUGUGCUUUACGUGAAUCUAAAUCUAUCCCCAGGUUGUAUCAGUUGUGGAAAUGUCGAAAUCGUCAUCUUCAAAAUUCGUCCUGAGGAAUAUUUAUCAGUACAUUUCAUCAAAACCCCCUCAAUUUUCAAACCCCAAUGCUACUUCCAGUGGUAUUUCUCAUUUCCUUUCUAAUCAUCCCAAGUUAAUCGAAAAACCCUUUAUUAAUCCAUGGGUUUCAAAUUCCCAACGAGUCCAUUUUUCGUCUUCGCCGUUACCCCGGAUUUUGCAAAACCCUGGUACUAAAAAGUUGGACCCAGAUGGUAAUUUGAGGAAAUUGUUAGGGUUUAGGUACUUCUCGUUUAAGAGUGGGAAUUUUGGGAAAAAUCUGUUGAAGAAUCCGGUUGUGGCUGCAAAGGACACGGCUACGCGGUACAAGGGAGCUGUGGGGUUGCAGAUAGAGGCAUUUUGGAAGAGGAAUUCUCUCGUGUUGUUUGGCGCAGCGGGUGUUAUGGUUUGCAUUUUGCUUUGGAGGGUUCUGUUUGGGAUUGCUACUGCUUUUAUUGGAUUGUCUGAAGGCAUGGCCAAGUAUGGCUUCCUUGCUCUUUCCUCCGCCAUUGUCGCGUUUGCUGGCUUGUAUCUUCGCUCAAGAUUUACCAUCAAUCCUGAUAAGGUGUACAGAAUGGCAAUGCGAAGACUUAAUACAGAAGCUGGAAUUCUUGAGGUUAUGGGGGCUCCACUCUCUGGAACAGACUUGAGAGCAUAUGUGAUGUCAGGAGGUGGUAUUACCCUUAAGAACUUCAAGCCACGUUUCAGGGGCAAAAGAUGUUUUCUGAUUUUUCCAAUACGAGGUUCUGAGCGGAAAGGUUUAGUGAGUGUUGAAGUCAAGAACAAGAAAGGCCAGUAUGAUAUGAAAUUAUUGGCAGUAGAUAUACCGAUGGCCUCAGGACCGGACCAACGUCUAUUCCUGAUUGGUGAUGAAGAAGAAUACAGGGUUGGUGGUGGUCUAAUUGCUGAGCUAAGAGAUCCUGUUGUUAAAGCAAUGGCAGCAACUAAGGAGUUCGAAGAUCGCGACGAGUUGGAGGAUGAAGAGGAUGCUGAAAGAGAACUUCAAGAAGCGGAGAGAAGGCAUCAGGAAGAAAUUGAAAAGCUUGAAAAAGGUGAUUCAAGAUGAUUAAGCUGAAGCACUUUUUGUCGGUUACCUCUUUGGUUUUACAGUGGAGUUGUUUACAAAGGCAGUAUACUAAGUAGAGCAUCCAAAGACUAACAAUGCUCUAACUGUUGAGUUUGCAAGUUUUCCUUACCUCUGGUUGAGUUAACAGCUACUUUGGCAUGCACAGGCAGGGAAUAUAGAUCAUACACUCAGAAUUUUCUGUAAUGGUAUGUCGUUCACCAAUAAGUAUGAUAUCCCUGGAAGUAUCAAUCCUUAAUGUAAUCCAUACGUGAUUUAUUUCAUUGUGCAACCUUGUGGGGCUCCUCCUGGCAGAAGCAAAAAUAACUACUUUGAGUUGUCCCUAGUAAUAAUGGUUGAUAUACACCAUGAAGAUAUGGGAUUGCAAUUAAAAUUCUUUAGUUGCCAUCAAGCGAUGGCCAGUUUGCCUAUUGAGUGUUGUUCUUGUUAAAGUUCUUUAGUUUCCAUCAAGCGAUGGCCAGUUUACAUA